AGCGUUUUUUCGCUUUUAUUGGCACCUCAACGGACAGAAGAGAAAGACUGGCGGAUUCCAAGUCCAAAGACUAAACCGUAUUUUAAUGCUUCCUUUGAGUUCCGUUGCUUUUGCUCCAAUUUCCAACGACACUCUCCAACUCUUUCUCUCUGUGUGUGUUUUUUUAAUUCACUGAUCCAACACCCGAAGAAGAUAAAACGGUCUUCCCUGAAUUUGAAGAACAACGACAAAUAUGGGAAGAUCUCCAGCUUCUUCUUGUCUCCGUAUCAUCGCCUGCGCCGGCGGAGACGACGCCGCCGCCGAACCCACGGCCAAUGUCAUUGAGAACAAGAGCUCUGGUGACAAGCGUGGAUGGAGUUUCAGGAAGAAAUCUGGGAAACAGCGAGGGUUGAUCAGUAGUAUAGUCACUGAAACUACUCCUCCAUCUAGGACAAGGGAGACUCUUGAAUCUGCUCUCCUUAAGUCUCCGUCUCCUGACAACAACGUCGUUUCUGAAAAGCAGACGUUCUCCGUUCAGUCUGGUGAUGAGAAGAAGAGCCAGUUACCUGUUACUUACGUGGCUGAGCCUGUGGAUGAGAAAAAAACCCAAUCCGCCGAGGACAAAACGACGGAGUUGUCAGUUCCGUGUUUGGAGGAACAGGCCGACCACAGAACUGAGCUGCCUGUUGUCGUGGAAUCUAAAGGGACUGAAACUGAGGAGGAUGAUUUGGUUGGCACUGAUCUGCAAGCUAAGUUGGAUGGACCGAAUGCUGCUGAUGCAUCCGUGAUAGAGAAAGGAAUUGCUUCUGGCGCUGAAGUUGCUGGUAAGGCUGAAGCGGAAGCAUCUGAGACCGAUGAUGUGAUCAUAAUCGGAAAAGAAAGUGAUGAAGAAGUUGAUGAUUCUGUUAUCAUUUUCAUCCAAGCCGCCAUACGCGGAUUUUUGGCGCGAAGAGAACUUUUGAGGCGCAAGAAGGUUGUUAAACUUCAAGCUGCAGUACGUGGCCACCUGGUUAGGAACCAGGCAAUGGGAUCGCUGCGUUGUGUUCAAGCUAUUGUCAAAAUGCAGACGCUGGUGCGUGCUCGUCAUUCCACGAAAGAUGGUAGCCGUGUUUCAGCAAUUUCGGAUAAGGCGGAAACAAAUGCAGCAGCACAGAAACUUCUCGAAAACAAGUUUGCUAAGCAUCUAAUGGAGUCAACUCCAAAGACGAAGCCUAUCACCAUUAAAUGUGAUCCAACAAAACCUAGUUCUGCUUGGAACUGGUUGGAGAGGUGGAUGUCUGUUUCAAAGCCUGAGAAGUCUUCAAAAGCGGAUUUGGCAACCGAAGAGCAACAUUUGGAAGAAACUCAGAAUGUCAAAGUAUCAUCUCAAGCUGACUCAGCCUUAGAGACCGAAACUGAAACUGGUUUCUCAAGCGUUGAAGCAAGUAAGGUAGUAACUCAGCAUGUGGAGCUAUCGGAGACAGAGAAAAUGAGCCAAUAUGAUUCAAUAGAAGCAUCUGCGGAGGUUGAUCAUGACUUGAUCCAGACUCAUCCAAUUGCUGCGAAGGAUACAGAUUCUUUGCUCGAAGAAGCUGAAUAUGUGGACGAACAGCCUAAACAUUCUUUGAAGCGUAAGGCAAGCAAUCCUUCUUUCAUUGCCGCACAGUCGAAGUUUGAGGAACUAACUUCAUCUGCUGGUUCAAACAAAGCAAUUACGGUUUCUUCUAAAGAUGGUGGUUUAGGUGAAGAAGGCAAAACAGAGAUAGAUUCAUCAGAGGCUAACACUACAAACUCUAGAAAGGAGCAGUCUCUGGAAGAUGUUUCUCCAGCGGAGCUCAGUGGAUCUGAGUGUGGCACCGAACUUUCUGUAACUUCUUCUCUUGACUCAGUUGACAAGAAGUCAGACGUUGAGGGUGCUGAUCCUAAGGUUGAAGCUAAGCUUUUAGAGAACGGCACUCUCAAAAUUGAUCAAGCAGAGUUGAUAGAAAUUGAUGUCAAAGAUGUAACUCCAUUGGGUGCUGUAGAGAACCCUAAGGAGAAAGUUGAGGAUGUCAAGGAUGAAGUUGAGAUUUCAGCGACACAGCAUGAAUCGGUUAUUAACACACCGGAUUCCAAAAAGAGACGUGCAGGAGAUGAAUCAGGGCCUCAAGCUUUAACUCCAAUGUCAAUCACUGAAUCUCAGGCAACACCGGCGAGUCAAGCAUCUUCUUCAGUUAAAGCGAGAAAGGGAAAAUCCGAAAAGAGUGGUUCAAGCCAAAAGCGGAAAGUGAGCAAGAAAAUAACAUCAAGCCCGAAACAGGAAGCUGGUACCGGCGAGGCUAAUAAUACUACAGAACAAGAAGAAGGGAAAGAACAGAAAAGCGGGAGAAGAACUUCGUUCGGGUAUGACCAAGAAGCAAGAGAAAGCAGCGGAGGCAAGAACUCUCUUCCUCGGUUCAUGCAGCCAACACAGUCGGCGAAAGCUAAGGUUCAAGAACAUAACUCACCAAGAUCAAGCCCUGAUCUUCAGGAAAGAGACGUUUCCAUCAAGAAGAGACAUUCACUGCCUGUUGGUGCCAAUGGGAAACAAGGAUCUUCUCCUAGAAUCCAACGGUCUGCGUCUCAAGCACAACCGGGAACAAAGGGUAAUCGAAUCUCCCCUCUUCCUAUCAUAGAAAAUGGCAGAGAUGAAGCUGGCUGGAGUGAAAUCGGGAAAGAAAAUUCUUAGGGGACAUUCGGUAAUUUGCAAUAUUUGAUGAGUGGUAUGUUUAUUCAGACAAUCCUUAACUCUAAUUUCAGACAACCAAAGUGACAAAAAGUGCAGAGGAGAGGAGGAACGGAGAGCGGAGGGAUGAGUCUUUUGUAUAGAAUCGUUUUUAUUUUUCUUCCUUCAAAAAAUUGUUUGAUUUUUGAGGCUAUGGGAUUAUUUGGUUUGGUUUGGUUUGGUUUGGUGUUGUUUUGUUUUUUCGGACAUAACCUGCUUAACUGAAAGUGAAGCCUGUCGUGAACAAUGAAUUAGGACUUCACUUUGAAAGUCGUGUAAUAAUAUUUUGGUUAUUCUUAUAUUCUCGUGUUCUUCGAAUGGCAUACACAGAUUACAAAAGAAA